UUUUAACUUUCGGUUGCGUUUGCUGUAGCAAACAGUGAUAGUUUGUACUUUACAUUUUUAAACAUGGCUUUCCAGUGUCAGAGGGAUAGUUAUGUGCAGGAGUUCGACACGUGUGUCGUUUCUUGCGUGCCUGCAGAAUUAACCCUAGAGAAUAAUGGAAAGAAAGAAAAGCUGAAGGGCUUCAAUCUAAAACUGAAAGACACAAUUCUGUUUCCAGAGGGUGGGGGACAGCCUGACGAUCAUGGGAUGGUUGGAGGUGUCCCUGUCCUGCGUGUGUUGAGACAGGGUCCGGAGGCGGUGCAUUUCAUCACUUCUGCUCUGGAGGAAGGUCAGGAGGUCCACAUAAAGCUGGACUGGGAACGUCGGUUUGACCAUAUGCAACAGCAUUCAGGUCAACACUUGAUCACUGCUUUGGCUGAUACAAUGUUUGGAUACAAAACUACCUCUUGGGAUUUAGGACGUCAACGUAGCAGCAUAGAGCUGGACACAGCCACGGUGAAGCCCGGAGAGAUGGAAGCUUUGGAAACAGCUGUGAAUGAGAAGAUUCGUGCACACGUUCCAGUUACCGUCAACCUCCUGUCCAUUGAUGAUCCUGCUGUGGAGAAGGUGAGAAGCCGUGGUCUUCCUGAUGACCAUGCUGGGCCCAUCAGGAUCAUUGACAUUGAGGGAGUAGAUGCCAACAUGUGUUGCGGGACUCAUGUGUCCAACCUCAGUCACCUUCAGGUUAUAAAGAUUUUGGGGACCGAAAAAGGAAAGAAGAAUAAAACCAACCUGAUCUUCAUAGCUGGCAACAGAGUGCUGAAAUACGCUGAAAAGAGUUACAGCAUUGAAAAAUCACUGACUGGCCUUCUUAAGACAGGAGCAGAUGAGCAUGUUGAUGCCGUGGACAAGCUACAGAAGACGGUCAAACGUCUUCAGAAGAGUAAUCUAAUUAUCCUGAGGGAAAUGGCUGUGCUGAUAGCGCAGAACUUUAAAAACAAACCGGACAGAGGGAACUUCUUCAGCUUACACAAUAAAGACGGUGAUAAUGAGUUCAUGAACAUUAUUGCAAAUGAAAUCGGAUUUCAGGACACAAUGAUCUUUCUGACCGUGGGUGAGGAGAAGGGUGCCGGACUGUUCCUGCUCGCAGGGCCUGAGAAUAUUGUCACUGAAGUGGGACCACGUGUGUCAGAGCUGCUGCAGGGUAAAGGAGCUGGAAAGGCUGGACGUUACCAGGGUAAAGCCAACAGUCUGGUGAAGAGAGCAGAGGUUGAGGCUUUACUGAAGGAGCACAACUCAAAACUCACCGCAGGAGAGGAAUAAAAACCACAGCAGACAGACGUUGACAUUCAGGUGCCGUGGAAGCGCACAAUAUGCCACAACACAUCGUGAUGCACCUUCAGCUGAUUGAUGCUCCAUUUCUGUUUUUGCUGCACUACAUAACUACUCCAGGCAAAAAAAAAUGACAAAUAUUAUUUACAUUACUGAUAUAUUAAUUAUACUGUGUGUAUAUAUAGCUAACUUUUGACUUGUUGCGUCAAAGCCAGCUUAUGAAGUUUUGGACCAUUAGUAAUUUUAGGAGUACUAACGUGAAAUUAACGUCCAUUCAAAUGUAGAUUUUAUAGAAAUAGAUUUCUGCUAACAAAGUGGGAAACAAAGUUUUGAAAGUAUAUUUUAAAGCUUCAAGCUGAUUGGUCUGUAAACAUUUGUAGAUGGCAUGCAGCUUUAAAACAUCCACUGUGGUUCGAUGCCACAUUUGCUUUCAGUGUAGCUACAGUGGUGCUGUGAUCAGAGGAGCAUUACUUGAUUGGUGGACUUUGGAGUAACACAUAAAAAAAACAUAAUGAAAAAAAAAUUUGAAAUUUGAAAAUUUUGAAAAUUGUUAACUGAGUUUGAUAUGUUGAACUCUAUAUACACAUUUUUAUAUAUAUAUAUAUAUAUAAAUGAAUAAUAUAAUGAAUAUAAAUGUUUCCAAGGUGAGUCCCUUGCUCAAUACACAUAUAUAUAUAUAU